AUGUCAGACUUCUGGGCCCCACCUCCACCGCCGAAGACGAGGCUUGGGCGGCACCGCCAGCUGGCGCGCCUCGCGGGCGUUCACGUCUCGCCCAUCUGCCUCGGGGCGAUGAGCAUCGGGGACAGGUGGACGCAGAUGGGCACGAUGGACAAGGACCAGAGCUUCCGGCUGCUCGAUGCGUUUUACGAUGCUGGUGGAAACUUUAUCGACACCGCGAACAUGUACCAGGAUGGGAGCUCAGAAGAGUUCUUGGGUGAGUGGAUGCAGGAACGCGGAUUGCGGGAUCAGUUGAUCAUCGCGACAAAGUACACGAACAACUACAAGCGCAGCGAGAACUACCGGCAGAAAACAACGUUCACUGGAAACAACAUGAAGUCCCUGUACCUGUCAGUCGAGAACUCCUUGAAGAAACUGCGGACGGACUACAUCGACAUCCUUUACGUCCACUGGUGGGACUGGACGUGUGGCAUCGAAGAAGUCAUGAACGGCUUGCACUAUCUCGUUCAACAGAGGAAGGUACUCUACCUGGGAGUCUCCGACACGCCGGCUUGGGUCGUGUCAGAGGCAAACAUGUACGCCCGGCUCACAGGCAAGGCGCCGUUCGUGAUAUACCAAGGCUCAUGGAGCGCCCUCGACCGAGACAUCGAGCGCGAGAUUAUCCCGAUGUGUCGGGUACAAGGCAUGGCCAUCGCGCCUUGGAAUGUCUUGGGAGCUGGUAGGAUCCGCACCGACGAGGAGGAAGAGCGUCGUCGUCAGAGCGGAGAACGAGGCCGGACCAUCCUGGACGGCCAAUGGGAGCGCACGGCAGAGCAAAAGAAGGUAUGCCAAGUACUUGAGAAGGUCGCAGGCGAGGUCGGCGUAAAGAGUAUCACGGCCGUGGCGAUCGCAUACGUGAUGCAGAAGACGCCUUUCGUGUUCCCCAUUAUCGGAGGCCGUAAGGUCGAGCAGCUGAUGGACAACCUGAAGGCCCUGGAAAUCUCGCUCAGUCCCGAACAUAUCGCAUUAAUAGACAGCGCGCAACCGUUCGUACCAGGCUUUCCUUACGACAUCAUUGGCGACGGGACUGCGUACUCGGAUCCGUUCAAAUGUGGCGGCCACUUCGACAAGUGGCCUGUGCAGCAGGCGCUCCGCCCCCGGUGAACCAUGGCAAGGUGGUGAGAAACAUCCGCAUUGCUGUUUCUCUAAUGUGUCUCCAGCUGCAUAUCAUUUCCGCACUGGGUGCAAUGUC